GGCCGCCGCCCUCUCGCUGCCUUCGGCCGGGGCUGCCCGGGGGCCCGGCAGGAACCUCGGAGCGGGGGUUCGUGGUGCCGCUGUGGCUUCAGCCAUGCUGGGGACAGUGACGAUGGCGGUUGGACAAACAGAACAUUCCAGUGUAACUUUGAAGGAGGACACUGAAAAUAUGGAGACAAAUCCAUCUGACUCGGGCACCAAGGACGAUGUAGAUGCUGAGAAGGAGGAUUCAAUUAAGCAGUUGCCAGCUUUGGAAGAAGUUGCAGAAGACCAGGUGGCAGAGCCACAGUCUUAUGAUCUGGGUUUUAAAAAGGUUUUUAAAUUUGUUGGGUUCAGAUUCACAGUGAAGAAGGAAAAGACAGGAAAAUCAGAACCAGUUCAGCUGCUUACUGUAAAAAAGGAAACACAGGUCCCUGAAGGAGCUGAUGAUCAAAAAGAAGUCCACUCAGAAGAAGCAGCAGUGCCUGAGGAUGUACUCUCUGCAGAAGACAAUACCAAAGAUACACUGAAAAAUGAAAAAACAGAAGAUGAGUCUCCUAAAAUACCAGAAGUAAAUGAGACUUGUUCUCAGUCAGCUGCUUUAGCCACUGAAACUGCAUCACCAUUAAGAAAACUUUUUACUCAAGGAUGGACUGGAUUUAGGAAAAAGAAGAGUUUUAGGAAGCCUAAAGAAGAUGAACAACAGUCUCCUGUGAAAGAAGAGGAGAAAGAAAAAGAGGGGAUAACAUUAACAACUGAAAUCAGUGAAAAGGAGGAGAAACCUGAGUCUGAGAAGCAAGAUGAAGAGAGGAAUGUGACAGCAGUAACUAUUGAAGCACAUGAAAAGGAGCAAACUGAAGGUGAAAUGCAGGAGUCAGAAGAGACAGCCAUAGGAAUAGAAGGAAGUGAAAAGAAAGAGGUAGUCAAGCAUGAUGAGCAGGGACAAAAAGAGGAGCCGGCAGCAGCAGCUGUAAAAGAAAGUGCAGAGCAAAAAAAAGAUGAAGAUGAUCAGGAAAGGAAACUGGUGGAAGUCUCGGAAAAUCUUGGUAAAGAGGAAGAAGAAGCUAAGGAAGGAGAGAAAGAAGGUGAGGUGGCAGAGAAACCACUGAAGACAAAGUCAGUGGUACCUGUUGUCACUGAGAGUGUGAAUGGAGAAUUGAAAACAUCCUCAGAAGUCCUACCUGUGGGAGAAAAACUGGAGUCAAUGGAGAAGUGUGAAAUAGAUCACAGAACUGAAGUAGCUUCUGAAGAGACAUUUGAAACAGGAUCUGUGGCAGUGGAAAUUUCCAGUGAUCAACUUAAAAUAUCUGAAGGAAGUGAAGGUAGUAAGCCUGUUGUACUUGGGAAAGAGACAUCAGAUGAAAAAACAGAGGAAGCAGAAUUGAAAAUGUCACCCACAGCAGAUGAUGUUGCACAGGGAGAAGCUCUGGAUAGAACCACAGAGAAAAAAGAAAGCGAAGAACAUGAAACAAAGUCACCUCUGAGUGCUCCUGAAUCAAAGUCCUUUUCUACUUCUGAACAUUCAGUUGACACAGAGGAUAAUCAACAGUCAGUCAAAGCCACUGAUGAAGGACUGCAGGGAAAACCUGGCACAGAUACGACUGAUACUGUCAAACCAGAUGAAACAGCCGUGGAAAUAAGUUCUGAAGAGACAGCUGGAAAGAGGCCUCCAGAAAGUAUCACAAAUGGAGCAGAACUCCUGUCUUCUCAAGAAAAGGCUAAACUACAAGGCAGCCCUUUAAAGAAACUCUUUACAGGUACUGGAUUGAAAAAACUGUCUGGAAAGAAGCAAAAAGGCAAAAGAGAAGAAUCUAAGUUAGGGGAACAGGGUGAACCAAUUCAGCACUUAUCAGAUUCCCCAGACAGCCCAGAGGAACAAAAGGGGGAGAGUUCUGCUUCUUCUCCUGAAGAGAUGAAUGAAAUUCCCUCUUUGGAAAAAUCUGCAGAUGGAACGCAGGUCAUUGAAAGUGAAGAUGCCACAAUUCCAGAUAUGGAGCGAAAAAGAGAAACUGUUACACCUUGGGCAUCAUUUAAAAAGAUGGUGACUCCUAAGAAACGUGUCAGAAGGCCUUCUGAAAGCGAUAAAGAAGAAGAAAUUGAUAAGACAAAGAGUGUAGCAGCAUCUGUAACUGAAAAUGUUGUUGAUGAAAACCAGGGAGAAAUAAAAGAAAAUGGGAUUGACCAGAAACCAGAGAAAAUUACAGAAGAGCCCAAAAGAAAAGUUGACACCUCUGUAUCCUGGGAAGCUUUUAUAUGUGUAGGUUCUUCAAAGAAAAGAGCCAGGAAGUCAUCAUCAUCUGAUGAAGAAAGCCAAAAAGUAGAAGAGUCUGGACAGAGCAAAGAAACAGCAACAGAUGCAGUUCUUACUAGCUCUCAGGAGAGUGAUCAAGGACAAGGGAAUUCUUCCCCAGAACAAGCUGGAAGCCCAUCUGAAAGUGAAGGUAUUUCAACAUGGGAAUCAUUUAAAAGGUUAGUUACUCCAAGAAGGAGAUCCAAAACCAGAAUGGAAGAGAAAAGUGAAGACUCUGUUGUGGGAUCUAGCCUGGAGCAUUCAACAUCAGAUGGUGAGCCUGGAAAAGAUGAAUCAUGGGUUCCAUUUAGAAAACUGAUGCCUGGGCGUAGGAAGAAAAAGUCAGAUGGAAAGCCAGAAGCAGCUCAUCUUAAACAAGCAAGAGAAGACAUGGCAGAAACAGCUGAAGAAGAUUCUGAUAUUCCAGCUGUUGUUCCUUUAUCUGAAUAUGAAGCAGCAGAACAGGAGAAAAUGGAAGCCCAGCGAGCGAAAGAUGCUGAAGCGAUGAGAGAACGAACCUCAGAGGAAGAGAGAGCAGAAAAGUUAGAGGGGACCCAGAGGAUGGAGCAAGGAUCUGAAAGGUUGGUGCAUGCAGUUGCUGUCACUGUUGUGGAAGAAGAAAGGGCAGUGAGCAGCAUUGAGGAAAGGUCACCAUCAUGGAUAUCUGCGGCUCUGACAGAGUGCAUUGAGCAAGCAAGAGAAGAGGAAGAGAAAGAAACUCAGAAAACAGCUGAACUGGGUGUUACUGUGGAGGAUGCAGUGGUAGCUGCUAAGACAGUGCCAGAGGCUAGAAAGGAUGUAAGUGAUGACACCACAGCAAGUGAACUGGAGCUAACCUCUGAAGCAGUGACUGCUCUGGAGACAGCAGAAGCUUCCUGUGCUGAAGAAACAAUGGAAGUGUCUCUUGCUGAGGAGACAACUGAGAUGGUUUCUGCUGUUUCACAGUUGUUAGAAACCCCAGAUACUACAGAGGAAGCUACACCAGUUCAAGAAGUAGAGGCCACUGAACAGAAUCUGAAAGAAUUGGACAAACAGACGCAAAAAGUUCUUCAUGAAGUUGCUGAAAGAGUCAAGUCAGAUGUAACACAGCUGGUUAGUGAAAGAGCUGUUGCAGGAACUACAAUUACAACAGCACAGGGACUUGAGUCAGAAGUGAUAGACGGUGCUAAAGAUGGGAGCAUUGUAGGCCAGGAAACUGUUCUGCUUGAACAGUCCUUGGAAAACGAACAUAAGGAGGAUGGCCCCCAGCCCCAGCAAAGUGCAGGGAGCAUUCAGGGCCAAAACAGAGUUGAAGAGAGUGUUUUACCUGCAGAAUCAGAGAAAAGUGAAAUACCUUCUGUGAUGGAAGAAAGCACAGAAGGACAUCAAGGAUAUGUUGAAGACCAUAAAGAAGUAAAUGAAGUGCAGAGGACAGCAGAGGAAACUUUAUCACAUGACAAAGAGUUUCACAGCAUCAAAGCCAUCACUCCCAAGGAAAAGCUGUUUGCAAAGCAGGAGCCUUCAGAACAAGAGGAACUGCCGGUAACAGAGUUGACACUGGAUGAGACAAGAGAUGAAUGUGCUCCAGAAGGAAAGCCUGCAGUUCAGGACAAGACAGAGGAUGAAACCUCAUCCUUGGUGCUAACAGCUGAAAAGCCUGUGCAGGUUGGAGGAGAGGGCAGAACGCUCACUGUGGGACCAGAGUGCACAGAAGCAGUUGUCACUGUGGUUCCUAUUAAAACUGAAAAACAAGAUGGAAUUUCUGACUCAAAAGAGCAGGUUUGUACUAAAGGAGGUCCUAGCAGGACACCUGCCCUUGGAGAGGAAGAUGAUGCUGUGCUCAAUGGAGUAAAAAGCACAGAAGUCACUGUUCCUGAGGCUCUACUGCAGAGCAAGGGAAAAACCUCUGCCAUUCCUUCAAAAACAAUUGGCUCAGAAGCAACUGCAGAUGCUGAGCAAAGUGUGAGCAAUGGGUUUGACGGGGACAUUGCAGCAAAAGAUUCUGUGCCUGUCAUAGAGCUACAAUGCAGAGACAGAACAACUGAAACCCCCUCCAAGAGUGAUGAAGCCAAAGGUGGCAAAGUGGAAAGUGCUGUGCUCAAACCUGAAACACAGCUAGAGAGCACUUCCAUUGUUGCUGAGGCUCCCAUGCAGAUUGAAGCAGAUGGGGCAUCUAAUUUAGCAUCAACAUGCCCAGAGAUUGUUGAAAAUGGCAGUGCUGUUAUCACUGAUACAAGUCCUAAGAAAUGUGAAACACCCAGCAGCUUGGCUGGAGAAGAGACUGUGGGAAAAGGACAAGAACUUGUAGAAACCUUGAACUGUCAAGGCUUCCAGAAAGAAGAUAAGAAAAAUGAGCAAUUGCUGGAAGGAGCCAAAGAAGUUGUUGAAUAUGGAAAACAGGAAGCUGUGAGGCAUGAUGAAUGUUCAACUGCUGUCCAGCAAAAGGAAGGCUCUGACUCAGCCUGUGCACAAGCUGAAAGCGUGGGGGCUCUGAAAACACCUGUGACUCUGGCAGCUGCAGCAGGUGGAGAGCAUGUUGUGGCAGAAACUGCAACACGCGCAGACGUGACAGCCAAAACUGCACAGCCCUUGGCAACCACACCGGAGCAAAUGGCUUCUGAAGAGGUCUCAGUUUCUAAUAUUGACUGUUCAGGCUGUGGGACUGCAGAGCUUGGUGGUGUGGAGGCACCCAAGCCUGGAGUAACUUGUGCUUCCAUGAACGGAGUAUCAGAAGAGCAAGAGCAGCCCCAGAGCACAGGGCAAGCCGAACACAACGGUAUUGCUUCCAGUCACAGUCUGUCUCCCAGCCACCCAGAAUUUCAGAAGCAUGUUGUUCAGUCUGUGGUCAUAGAGUCCCAGAGCACAAAAAUUGUAUUGAAUGCCAUCCAGUCAGCUGUUCACAAACUUGCAGAAACAGAAGAGUCAGCUGCCCUUGAGUCAGAGCAGAGCAUUAAGUCCAUAGGGAAAAGCCCAUCAGAUACAAUUGUGCCUGAACUUCUGGGAAGUGCACAGGUAGAUCAACAGCUUCCAGUAAAAGAGGAAAAGAUACAAAGUAAAGAACAAGAGCUCAAGCAACCAGGAAUAGUGAAAACUACUACCUUAACUGAGUUUGCAGAAAUUCAUGCAACUGUGGAAAAAACAAAGGACAUGCCUUUAACUUCUGAGAUGCUGAAAGAUGGGCAGAGUCUGAAUUCUUUAACAGUUGUGACAAGCCCUGAAGACAUUUCAAGGGGAACUGUGGGACUUCAGAAAUCAACCCUAGAACAAAGUACUACAGAAGAUUCAACCAAAGACACCCUAGACAUACACACACCAAAAUUAAGGGAAAAAGAGGUUGGGUACAUUAUGGAAAUCUCAGACCAACACACAGGACAGCAAACAUGCAGAGAAAGUGAAGAACAACCAUAUCAUCCACCAGUGGAAGAUGGGAAAAUGCAAAUGUGGGAGGAUGACAAUUGUCAAGAGGGAGCAUAUUGUGAUAGACAAAGUCAGAACUCAGUGGCUCUGACGCCUUGAUAUGUGCUAAGCAUCCAUGUGGCAUUUGGAGAGAUGCCAGUCCUAGAGAACAACUGACAAUCCUGCCACAGAACCAGGAGCUUUAUUCACUACCCUUUAUUCUUGGAUGUUAACAUCUGUUCUUUUGAAGACCUCGCCUUGCCAUUUUUGUUAAAAAAACAAAGCCUUUAAUAUUGGCUGUAUCAAUACAUGUGUUCCAUUUGAAGGUUAUUUGUCUCUGCCCAAAAUAAUCCAUUAAGACUAGAGAUGCACCACUGAGUGAGUGGGCAGACCAUUAGAAUAAUUUUUGCCGUGGUUAUUACUGUCCCCUCAUUUAAUGUGUGUCCUGUCUGUCCAAUCUCCUUGAAUCCCUUCACUUGUCCCUGAGUCUCCCUCCCUUCUUUAGCAGCCCUCAUAUCUUUCCUAGCUGCCUUGAUCUGACCUGUGAGUGGCCGUAGGUGCUGCUCAGCUUGUGUGUGAGGGGGAAGAGGAGGGCUGACUGUUGAGAACACACGAGACUUCUGGAUACGUCUGUCAAACAGCAGGAACUGGAUCACGCACAAAUUGUUGAGCAAGGUGCUCAGGUUUGCUGCCUUUCAGUCCCAUUCAGGUAUCUCUGUCCAUCUUUCAGUUGUAUCUGUGCAGGCCUGAUUUAGUCAGAAAUUAUUUCUACAGUGUAGCUUGAAAUGAGA